GAGAACUAUUACUACGAUUCUAGAUAUUCUCAGGGGAAAGAAAACUUCACUUGCUUAUUUCAAAUCAGCCAUAUCAUACUUAGGUAAAUAGCUUCAAAAUGGCGACAUCUCUCGAAGGCUCCUACGACGGACUUGCGCCAUUCGACUGGCCCGCUGCCAAAAAACCACUGCAGACCUGGUAUCGUGUAUUUGGCGACCUCACGUCAUCCAUCACUCCCCUAGUCAUAAUCCACGGCGGUCCAGGCUUCCCCCACAACUAUCUUCUCAACCACCGCGCACUCACAGACAAUCACUCCAUCCCGGUCAUCUUCUACGACCAGGUCGGCUCCGGUUUCUCCACUCGCCUCCCAGAAACUGCAUCAUCCACCGACUUUCCCAAUUUCUGGACCAUUGAGAUCUUUAACGAGCAAUUACGCCAACUUCUUACUCACCUCAAGAUUGAGGGCCGCUAUGAUAUCUUAGGUCAUUCCUGGGGAGGCAUGAUGGGCUCCGAUUUUGCGCAUCUUAGGCCUUGUGGACUGCGGAGACUGAUCCUGGUUAAUUCCGCAGCGAGCAAGGCGCACUCGAUUGCGAAUCGGAAGAGGUAUCGCGAGGAGCUGCCCCAAGAAAUGCGGGAUGUGCUGGAUCGAGUUGAGAAGGAAAAUGCUUGGAGUAGUAAAGAGGCUAGAGAAGUGAUGGCGGAGUUUUCAAAGAAGCAUGUCUGCACGGUGUUCCCGUUUCCGGAAGAUGGGAUGGCAGCUAUUCGAAUUAGUAAUGAAGAUACGACGGUGCCUGAUACUAUUGGUGAGGAUGUGGAUGGUAAUUCAUUCAAGUGUCGGGGUUAUAUGGCUACGUGGACUAUGGAGGGCAAGGCGAAGAAGAUUGAGGCUCCGACAUUGGUGAUCAACGGCGUUGAUGAAUUUGCGUCUGGAGAUGCUGUGAAGCCUUUCUUAGACGAGAUCCCAGAUGUGAGACUGGUUACGAUUAAGGGAACCACGCACUCGCCACAUUUUGAAAAGAGGCAGGAAUACAUGGAGAUUGUGGGAGAUUUUCUGGUCGCGCCUUGAAUAUUACAAGCUUGCAUGACAGCCUUACACAAUCUGAUAGCCCACU